UCUUUUCCUCAUGUCAAUCUUAAACAAACAGAUAUGAAAACAUCACGCACCUACUUCAGGCAUCAGUAUUCAUGCAAGAAGGGAAGCAUCAUUUAAGCAUCAAUGGCGUUGCAGGAGCUGUGUUCGCCUGCAUUUAGCCCUGUGACAGUGUCGUGGAUGUAGAAAUUCUUGGUCCCCUUCCUUUCACUGGAAGGGUGAGAAUUACGUCGGGACAGUUGAAAUUUUAGAACUUUUCAUCUGAGAAUUGGUCUUGUGAGAUUUACUACGAGUCUCCACCUUCCUCCAUUAAAGCCCCCCAAGUUUGUAGCUUUCCUGAGAGCCAAAGUAGCAAUGGCGACUCCGUGAAUCGAAGCAGAGCAGGGUACUGAAUCCAGAAAGCGGCAAUGGCAGCUCCCAACUUCCUCAUCAAUGCUUCCUUGUAGCAUCCCUCGAAAAGCGAAGCUACGCACGGCAAAAGGCGCGUUGCUUUUUUAAUACCCAUCCAAGACACUUGCUUCGUCUUCUUCAGGGCGAGGAAUGGGCCUCAAAAGCCUGCUUCUGCUGUUUAAAUUCGGCCGGAGGAAGAGGAAAGAAGAAGAGCCGCGCCCUCCUUCCGGUGCCGAACCACUGAAAAAACCAGCCUGGAGAUGCUUCUCCCACGAGGAGAUCCACAAAGCCACCAACGGCUUCCACCAAGGCAAUUUGGUGGGGAAGGGAGGGUCCGCGGAGGUGUACAGGGGAGUGCUCGAGGACGGACAGGCGAUUGCGGUCAAGAGGAUAGCCCUUGCGUCGUCGGAGGAGCAAGAAAGGGACUUCUUGACGGAGCUGGGCACCGUCGGUCAUGUUCACCACCCCAACGUCUCACUCCUCGUCGGGUGCUGCAUUGAGCUCGGUUUCUAUCUGAUCUUCGAGUUCGCCUCCAAUGGCUCAGUCUCCUCCAACAUCCACGAUGAGAGCAGUCCUCCAUUGGAGUGGAAGUCGAGGUACGAGAUUGCUCUGGGAAGUGCAAGAGGACUGCAUUACCUGCACAAGGGUUGCCAGAGAAGGAUCAUCCACAGAGACAUCAAGGCCUCCAACAUACUCCUCGAUCAUAAUUUUGAGCCUCAAAUAUCAGACUUCGGGCUCGCGAAAUGGCUUCCGUCGGAGUGGAGCUAUCGCACGGUGAAGCCGAUUGAAGGCACAUUUGGGUGUUUGGCACCGGAGUACUUCAUGUAUGGGAUAGUACAUGAGAAGACUGAUGUCUUUGCGUUUGGGGUGUUCCUCUUGGAGAUCAUAUCGGGAAGGAAGCCGGUCGAUGUCUCUCACAAAAACUUGGUUAGCUGGGCAAAACCUUAUCUAAGAGAUGGCACAAUACGAAUGCUGCUCGAUUCAAGAUUGGAAGAACAUUACGACUACGAGCAGCUACACAAGCUCACUUUUGCAGCCUCCCUUUGCAUCAGGGCAGCACCGGCAUCUCGCCCAUCGAUGACCGAGGUACUGAACAUAAUCGAAGGCAACGAGAUUUUGCAAGAUGAAUUGAAGAUGCUAAGUGAGGACAAGGAGGACGAAGAAGAAUCUUGGGGCUUUGAAGAUUUGGACUACUCGGACGAAGAAUCUGACACCUCGUCUUUGUGGACCGCGAGCUCUCAUUCAUGAUCGCUUGUCUUAAAAUCUAGUCACCAAACUGUACUGGUUAUGUGAAGUAGAACAUAUCUCAUCACUUGUACCGCAUAUAGUUUGUACCUUUGGAAUGCCUAAGCCUUCAUCAACA